UUAAUCCAUAUAGAAAAAAACUUGGCACGGGAUUAGAUCGAGUGUAGACUUGUACAUAGUACCUGACAUUUAAUUACAUAUCUAUAUCAUAUCUCUAUUUAUAAGAUCGGAUAUGUAUACCCGAAUAUUGUGAUAUUUAUUUUGAAAUGUUUUGAUUUGUUUAUUUAUUUAUUCAUGUGUUUAUUUGUUUAUGUUUGUGUUUAAAACUACAAUAUGGGUGCAUUAAAAUCGAAAUUCAAAGGAUCUAAAUCUAAAUCUAACAAAAAGGCGAACACGAAGAUUCAUUUACCAGAAUCAAGUUCAGCUAAGAAAACUGUUGAUCCGAGGUUGCCAUUCCAGACAUACAGGCAGAUAUUCAGUCUGAGAAAUGCAUGGAAAGCGGUGACCCGUUCUAUGGAGGAAACUGCGAAAGAAAACCUUAUGAGAUUUUUAAAGAAACAUCAACAAUAUGCAGAAUAUUUUCCAUCUUACGAUACUAAUAAAAGUGAAGAAGACAUUAAGGACAGUUUCGAAUUUGAAAACGAUGCAAUGGAAAUAUUUGGACUAUUUGACGAUGUUGUAAAUAAUUUAGAGGAAGUUGACAAAGCAUUGGUAGAAAUCAGUCAUGUUUUCUCGACAAAUGAGAAAAUAUCCGAACUACUGAAGGAUAUGGAUCCGACCUUUAUGGGAUUAUUAUCAGAGAUUUUGGGAGAUCGUUUUACAGAAACUACAGAAGAAAACUUCCGUUUACUUUAUGACUUCGUUUUGACAGAAGGCGAAAAAUGUAUAGGCGGCAAAAGUUAAUGAACAUCUGAAGAGUAAUAAAUCUACGUAAAACAUUAUAAAACUCUGAUAAACCGAACAUACAGAAUCGGACAACAGUCAAAGUUCCAUCCCAUAUCUAUAAGAAAAUAGCCAUUAUUCGGUGUUACCAUUAUAUACCUCUACUGAGUGCAUAUUAUGAAGAACUGUGUUCUAUUUCUAAUUAUUUGUCUUAAACAGAUAUUCUGGAGCUUCUGGUAAAAAUAUUACUGGUUUUUAUAUCACAGGCACUUGUCUCUGAAAAA